AUGGUGAAUACUGCGAAAGUUAUUACUGUAGGGCGUUUUGCAUCAUUCUUUUGCAUCUUACUCCGAACUAACCCAUUCAUAGCUUCAGAAGGAUAUGAAAUCGUGGAUGCCAAUGAAGAAGAAACAUCGGAAGUUACCAAAGAAGCUCAGAUGAGAAGUCCCGGGAAAUCAUGGUCAGAAGAAUGUUGGAAGCAGAUGACAGUAGAGAAAGUGCAAUUGAUCCGGAAUCGAAGAUUACAAUAUUCUAAUAACAUCGAGCAGGAACAAAUGGAGUAUCGAGUGGUUUACAACGAAGAGGAAAUCAGAAGCAUUGCUUCCGACGGUUUAGGUGUGGACAGUGAUGGAAUUAUAGGCAUAGGAGACCCACGUCAAGGAGUGAUGCUCUAUUCUACACCAGCGACCGCUCACUCUGGAAGAUUUCUAUAUUCAAACAUUCCAAUCACAGUAGUCAUGUUUCGCACAGCAACUAGCGGAAAAUCGUUCGAAGUUCCAAUGAGUACAGAUAGAAUACCUCCAUCAAAGAAUCACACGGCGCAUGUUACAAUGAACACUGAAGGAGCGUCUCUCAAAUUCCAUCGAUAUCUACUUGAACACUAUCUAGGCGGUGUCUUUCAUUAUGAGUACUUGCCCAACAUGACCGACAUUUACAAGUAUCCUUCGAUGAUCCUACCGUAUGCCGUCAUCACAUACAGGCUACCUGACACGGCUACUUCGACUACUUCACCACAGAAACUUAGUAAAAUCCACCGCCCUUUGCUCAUAUUCCGCUCCGAUGAAAUUUGUGCACAUACUCUCGUUUUCAACUCUAAAGAGAUUCCGGCUAUGGUCUGUCUUCCAUCGAUUUUGACAGAAGUCCCCUAUGUUCUACACGAGACCAGAUCCGAGCCUGUUGCUUACAGUUUGAAUGAUCUUAGUUUAUUCCCCGAACUUGAAGCACUUCGGAGUCCAGAAUAUUUCGGAAAGAUCCUUCUAAUGGAUUCAGUGAAAAUAGCUGAUGAGAGUUUGCUUACUCAUUAUGUGCUUCGGUUCACUUCUGAGCAUAAAUAUUUCGUGGACCUUUUCAGAAAAGGAAAAUAUAUGUUGGUGUGGACUUCUUCGCCAUUCACAAUCUUCUAUAUACCAUCGGGAGACGUUUCUGCGGAAUUUGGGCUGCCACAUAUUGAGAAUCACAUGCAUUUGAUUGUUCAGCGAUCACAAAUUCCAUACCCUGAAGACGUAGCAUCUAAGACGUCGAGCUUAUUCUGUUACGAAGAAGAACCGGCCGGGUUUUCUCAGUUUUGGAGUGCUGGACAAGAGUACUCGAACGAGAUAGUAGAAAUCGAUGAAUUCGGUUCUGAGGUUUAUGAAGACGAUUACGAUGAGGAAGAAGCUGACCAACGGCGAGAAGAAGCAAUACAUCAGGAAGAAGGAGAAGAGAAGGACGAGCUUGUCACAUCAGCGAAUUACGAGUUCAUUAGUAGUCCGAUCGAUCCCAAUUUGAAAGGAUGUAUAAGUCUUCGUUAUGAUGAUGGAAGACGCAAAGAUAAGGUGGUUACAUUCAAAACUGACUUAGUGAAUAUUCAUUACUUCGAAAGGAAUUCUGUUUCUCCCGAGUAUCAUGAAGACGCCAGUUUAUCAUUCGAUGAGAAACGAAAGAAAGAGGAGAAAGUGGAUCCAGAGAGCCAGCAAAAAACAGACGAACUUUUCAAAAACGCAUUGGCUGCGAAUCGUGUAGAAAAUGCACAGUCUCCACUAACUAUCGCUCAGUCUCCAUUGAGUGGAUCUCCGGGAAGCAGCAAUGCAGUGUCUCCUGGAAAUCAUCCGACUCCGUCACCAGAAAACAUUACUUUCGCCACGAAGCCUGCUCAAAAUGCAUUCAUCCUGCCUCCUACGCCACCUCCGCCUGCUUUCAUAUGGAAUUUACCUCCUCCACCGUUACCAAACUUUUCGGUUCCUCCUCCUCCGAUUCCGUCGCUCCCUUUGCUUCCUCCACAUCUUCAAACUACCUCAUCGGCUCCAAAGCCUGCAUUUCCAACUGGUGUACCUCCACCUAUUUCGUAUGUCAUCCCACCACCUCCUCGAAUUGCCUCAUCGGCUCCGAAGCCAUCUUCUCCGACUGGUGUCCCUCCACCUGUUCUGCCAUCACCGGGAGCUCUCAUUCCACCACCACCGGGAAAUACUACUAAAAAUAAUCCUGCGCCGAUGGGAUCAAUCGCUCCACCAGCGUUAUAUGUUCAACCAAAAUUAAGCACUCCCUACGCCCGUCCAGAGUGUCUCAUUCCAGUAAUCGGACUUCCACAAGAUCCCAGAACGAAACCCACUAUACCGCUGCCAGACAUCAGCAAGCCACCACCGAACUUUCCUGUUGCGCCGCCGGUGUUGCCAACUCCGUUGGAAGAAGAAGAACCGGGAGAAGAAUCGAUGGAUUUGGAGGAAGAAGAUUCUAUGAUGGAAGUGGACGAAGAUAAUGGAACGGAAGAAUGUGCUGGAAAAAUAUCAAAGUCUAGAGAUCCUUCAGAAGAUAAUGACAUUCUAAUGAAAUGCUUCACAUCAGACUCUUCAGUGAGUACGUCGAAACCCGAUGAGAUGACAACAGCUGUUGAAAAGUUCCAGGAUAGUGUGUUAAACUCAAUUCGUGAUUCGCCAAACAUAAUGAAGUUGCUCACUAAAAAGAACGAAGAACCAUCCUCGUCCUCAGCUGCUGAUUCGAAAGCUCAAGACACUGACUUUCGCAAACUUCCCAUCAAUAAAUUGGCGUUCGCUAUCACCAAGUCAAAACCACCCACAACCAUAACUGCGCCGAAUGUGUUAAACGACAGUGAUCAGGAUGAAGGCGUUGUAGAAGGUUCGAAAGUAAAAAAGAGCGACACUCCUAAGGAUAUAGAUUACAGAAAGACUGAACCCUCGACAUCUCGCCAUAGUUCUAGAAACAGCAAUGACGACAAUCCGCUCAACGAUCGACUCGCAGAUAUUUCCCUUCCUCGUGGAACGCCACAAUCAGAGCAAGCGAUGAGAUUGAUUAACAACUUUCAAGGCAAGCUUCGGGCCAUCAACAAAGAUUCAGAGAGCAAGGUUCAAAAUGUAAAUGAGCAUCUUGCGUAUGUAAGUAGAUUGGCUCAAUUGACACCGACUCCGCAGCCGUCACAACAAGAAGCAGCAUCCCCAUCGAAUAGUCUUGCAGCACUGUUUCCAUUAUUGAGUAAUGCUAAUCUCACUGCUGAAGGACUGGGAAUACCGAAAACUGUAUCUUCUGAACCUAGCCAGAAGUGUUCAGAGCAAUCGAAUACCUCGCAACUGUCUUCGAUUAGUGAUGAUGAUAUUAUUUUUGACGGUGAAGUUAAAAUUAAUAACCAGCCGAAUGGUGGAAAGGUGAUCAUCCCUGCUAAAAAUGUCCGAAAGGCAGCUGAUGCACCACCUGGUAUCACUUCUCGUUAUCAACAAGGGAACUCGUCUCCAUUGCAGAAUAGACAAUUUAGUAAUCCUCCAAACAACUGGCGUACUAUUAUCCGUAAUCAAGAUAUAAGACAGGAAUCGAGAGACUGGGUCAAUAAAUUGAUACCGUUCUCCGAUCCAAGUGUCAUAGGCAUGUGCAUUUUUCUCGAUCCGGACUGGAAGUUUGGCUCUGAUAACGUCUCGGCAAACGAGUUGUACUCGUUGAUGAAUGAAAUACUUCAACAAAAUCGAGUUUCGAAACCGAUAACACCACGCAUAAGGGCCACAAUCUACAUUCAUAGCUGUCUGGACAAGGAAAUAUGGAAAAAGAGGACAACGACAUUGAGGGAUUUCCACGAGAAAAUCGAUCGUCUGAAGAACGGAGCCGCCCAAGUCAUUAAGACUCUUCCAGAACACAAAUGCGAUCGAGAAUCCAAUAUUGAUAGAGUCACAGCGUUUUUUGAAGCUGAUUAUCAGUUUCAAUUUAUAUUAAUGAUUUUAGAUUUCCCUGAAGAUUCAUUGGCAGGACGCAGCUACACCGAAAGAGGUAUCAAAGUUCGAAACAUCCGUCAAGUUCUACAGAUGAUUGAAGAUACUCUAAAAACAUAA